UCAUAGCUAUGAUAAUUCUUUAUUUAUAAUCCCCUAAUUGCUAGUAAACUUGCUGACUUGAAAUAUGAGCAAUAAAUUAAUUAUUUGUCACGCAUGUCUGAGCACAGAUCGUACCCUGUUCCCGAUAAAAGAAUUACAAGAUUUACUAAUAAAUGUGAACUUGUUUGACUUGAAUCUGAGUAAUGAAGCGGGCGUAUGCUGGGAAUGUAAAAGAAUUUUCAUAAAGUUUUCUACGUUCAAGAAACAAAUAGAAUUAGCUCAAGAAUCUUUACAUCAAGUGAAACAGCUCCAAGUUCUGCAAUGUCUGAGUUCAUUAUCAUGUGCGGUUUCUACUACACCCAAUUUCUCUGUCUUACAUAAUGAACUAGCUAAUGCUGAUACCAUAGACAACCAGCCUAAAGAAAUAAAACAAGAAACUAAUAAUGCAGACGAUGUUUCUGAUCACAAUGAUGAUGAGAAACAUUCACUUGAAUGUGAAGCCGAAACAGAAAUAGAAAUUAAAAAAGAAGUAAUACACAGACCAAAGAAAGCAACACAUACAGAAAAACAAAAGAAAGAAACACAUGUAGAAACAAGAAAAGAUAGUAAAAGAAUUAGUAAAAAAGUUAAAAACUUAUCUAAUAAAAAGAAAGUAAAUAAAUUAACUGUCAAGAAGAAAAAGAAAAUGAAAGCAGUAGAUGAUAAAGUAGAUUUUGAUGAUAUUAAAGAUAAGUUCACAGAAGUAGAGUUUACAGAAGAACAGAUGGUAAAAAGCAGAGAAGAGAAAAGAAGUCACCCAAACUUUAAGAAAUUACCAUACAACUGUGAUAUGUGUGUGCUCGGGUUUACGAGAAAGGAAAAUCAUGAAAUGCAUAUGGAAAAGAGGCAUAAUGCGAGUAUUGGUCGACACAUCUGCCCAGUAUGCCAAGUAUGCUUCGCCAGCGCUGCAACUCUGAUCAAACAUGUUCGGAAACACUACCACUGCUACCGCUGCAAACUGUGUUCAUAUGAGACUACAGAGCUGUGGUCAGCACUUAGCCAUGGACAAGUGAAGCAUAGUGGGGAUGCAGAGGGCAGGAUACAUUGCAAGAAGUGUAGCCAUGUUGCCAAGACCCCCGAAGAGCUGGAAAAGCACAUGAAGUCCCAACAUUAUCUUGUUUGCAAAGAGUGCGGCGAAAAGUUUAAAGGCUCCCACACGCUCAAAACACAUAAACGCCGCAUCCACGCCACCGUCCGCGAGCAUAAAUGCGAGGCGUGUCCUCGAGCGUUCCGCUCUCGCGGCCGCCUGGAGGCGCACAUGGCCGCACACGGGCCCGCCGCCGCCGCCCGUGUGGCCUAUUGCGCGGUGUGUCACAUCCAGUACAAGAACGUAUAUGUGUAUAGGAACCAUUUGGUGAACAGCAAGAAUCAUAGUGAAAUGCGGUAUCACUGCGAAGAGUGCGGCAAGACUUUUGCGUCAAAAGUGUAUUACAAAAGGCACUAUACAUUCUAUCACCAGAAGGAGUCUAACCACAAAUGCGAGCUUUGCGACCGGUUGUUCAUAUCGGACUUCAGAUUGCGUCACCACCGGCAGACGCGGCACGGCGCCGAGCGGCUCCGGAACCACGCGUGCGACCAGUGCGCCAAGAAGUUCUACACGGCAACAACUCUGCGCGCGCAUAUACUCACACACUCGUCCGCGCGUACGUUCAUGUGUGCGCACUGUGGAGACACGUUCAAGCAGCGCCCGGCGCUCUACACACACACGAGACUCGUGCACCAGGGGCUUAAGAAACAUGCCACUUAGUAUAUGUACUAUGUUUAUACAGGGUGAAAUAAAAAGUACCGUUCGUUUUUGAUGUUAUGAUGAAUAACUUUUAUUAAAGGACCAAUGCUGAAAAA